UCUUUGUUUCAUUUUCGAGAAAUAAUGGAUUUUAAAAUAUUUAGUUUAAAUUGUUGGGGAAUUCCAAUUAUUUCAAAAGACAGAAAUGCACGGUUUAAAGCUAUCUCAGAAGCCUUAUCAACAAGCGCUUACGAUGUGGUAUGCUUACAAGAAGUUUGGGCUGAAUCCGAUUUUAUUCUUAUUAAAGAAAAAGUGGAAACAUCACUCCGAUAUUCCCAUUACUUUUACAGUGGUGUUAUUGGUUCUGGAAUUUGCGUUUUCUCAAAAUACCCAAUUUUGGACGUUUUCUUUCACCAAUGGACUGUUAACGGUUAUGUGCAUAAAAUUCAACACGCCGAUUGGUUUGGCGGGAAAGGAAUUGGGUUCUGCAAAUUAUUAGUUGAUGGAUUUAAUAUUAAUAUUUAUUCUGCUCACUUACAUGCUGAAUACAAUAGGCUCAAUGAUGAGUAUCAAUGCCACAGAGUUCAACAAGCAUAUGAUACUGCUCAAUUUAUACAACAAACCUCAGGUUUAGCCGAUUUAAUUGUAUUAGCAGGAGAUUUAAAUACCGAGCCAGAAGACUUAGCUUACAGGAUAAUUGUUCAUUUAACCGGUUUGAAAGAUAGUUUUCUUGAAGUUAAAGAAGAUUCCAAAGAAAUUCAUAAAAUCGGAACGAAUGAGUCUUUUUAUAAUAGUUACGCCGAUAAAAAAGCAAUUCGAAGCGGUGAUGCGGGAAAAAGGAUCGAUUAUAUUAUGUACGGAUGCCCAAAAAAUCCUAACAUUAAAAUAACCACAAAAAAAUACUGCCAACCUUUACCAAGAAGAGUUCCUGAAAAAUCAUUUAGUUACUCAGAUCAUGAAGCUAUAACAGCCACGUUACAAAUCGAAAAAGGUCUUGAUGAAAUAGAAGAAUUAGAUCGAGAUACUUGUACGGCAAUUUUAGAAGAGUGUAUUUUAAUUUCUAAUACGGCGUUGAGAAAUUUAAGAACGAAAAGGUUUGGUUAUUGGAUUUUAACGUGUUUGUUGUUUUUGAUUUUGGUUUCGAGUACGCCGUUUAAUGCUCCAGAUGGGUAUAAUUAUUUGGUACAUUUUGGAAGACUUUUAGUUACUUUAUUGAUGGCGUAUUUAUUUUUUAUGGGAUCGCUGUGGUAUAAGAUGGAAUUUCAUGGAAUCUUAGCUGGGAAAUUAGCCAUGGAAGUUGGAUUAAAUCGAUUUAAAGAUAAUAGAAUGAAGAAUUUUUGAUAAUUAAUAUCGUUUUUGAAAUUUUUUAAAUGUAUU